AUGUUUUCCACUCAAACAGAGUUGGGAAUUGAGAAGUCCAUCUUUAUUAACCCAAAAACAUUCCACUUGACUGUGCUCAUGCUGAAGCUUUGGAAUAAGGACCGUUUUGAAGCAGCUGCUCAGGUUUUGCAGAGUGUCUCACCAAAAGUACUUGAUGCUUUGGAGAGCCGACCUGUGUCUAUAAGACUGAAGGGUUUGCAAAUGCACUUCACUAUUAAUGGCUAUCUUGAUGCAGCAAAGGAUCUAGGAUUCAUUGAACAAACCUUUCUAGAGGUCAUCAUUGAUGCGUUCACUGAAGCUGGUCUUGUUCUUGAAAAAGAUGCAAACCGGAAGUUAAAGUUACAUGCCACUAUAAUGAAUGCGCGACACAGCAGAAGCAAAAAUAGAUCAGGAAAUGCUGAUUCCUUUGAUGCACGAGCAAUUUUUGGUCAGUAUGGCUCGGAAGAAUGGGGAGAGUGUCUUUUACGUGAAGCUCAUCUUUCACAAAGGUUUGUGUAUGGUGACAAUGGCUAUUACCAUUGCUGUGAAUCCAUCCCAUUUCCUGAAGGGAUGUAG